AUGGUCAACAGCAGCACCCAGCAUCCCGCCAACCUCCCGCUGAGCCAGGCAGUCGCCGCCACCCAGCCAACACACUGGACGUACAUCGCCGAAGGGGCCGCCAACCUGAUCCUGGCGUACCGGCCGGCACCGGGCAGCCCGGCCGAGGAAAGCCUGCGCGGGAAGUGUCUGCGUCUGGCCAAGCGCAUCCAGGCCCACCCGCCCGCCAUCGCCACUGAUCAGCAUCCCACCCAGGUCUCCUUCUUCGACUUCCACCACCACAUCCUCCGCGCAUUGCUCCCCCAGGAACAGCUGCUCCGCUUCGACCUCGUCACUCUCGCCGUCCCUCAGCCCUGGCUCGACCAGCUCGCCGCCGCCGUCGAGCCCCGCCGCCCCCCCUCCAAGCGGGGCCAGUCCCGCAUCGACUGCGCAGCCCCGCUGGCCGUCCUCAUGGACAACCUGGCACGCGAGAGCGACGGCGAUCAGCAGCACACCAUCGCGGUCGAGAUCAAGCCCAAGUGGGCCUGGCUGCCCCACUCCCCCAUCCUCCUCGACCCAACGACCCGAGAGACGAAGAGCCAGUUCUGUCGGACAUGCGUCUUCCGCGCCGUCCGCGCCCUCGGCCCAGACACCGCGCCGCUGGAUCCCUACUACCUCUCCCCCGCCCGCUUCUGUGCCCUCCAGCUCUUCAGCACCCAACACCCUGCUCACUUGCGAAGCGCACUCGACCGCCUCCGCGCCGAGUGGCAACACCAGAUACCCUCCGCUUCUCUUCCAACACCCCCCCCUGACGCUGCAACCGGCCCACCCAAAUCCACGAGCAGCCAGUCCCACAAUAACUUCAAGAUCUUCCGCCACGGCCUCCUGCUCGAUCCUUCAUCCGUCGAGGUAGAUCCCCAGUUGAUUGAAGUCUUGGCCGCCACCCUCGAGCGAUCGGGCGUGUUAGGACGCCUAGCCGACCUCCAACGCCGGCUGGACAUGUUCGACAUCGAGGGGGUGUUCGGGGAGGUGACAGGAAGCGACCCGGCGGGGCUAGGGACGCUAGAGGCGCCGAUCACGCUUGCCGAGCUGGUGGCGCUAGUCCCGCUGCUCUCCGAGCCUCUGUCGCCGACGGCUAUGGCCGAGCGUGUCGCCCGGCUGUUGCCGCGGACCAAGGCGGUGAUGUAUGCGCUGUCGAUGACCUUCAAGGACUGCUCCAUCUUCGUCCGUCUCCCCGUACACCACUUCCCCGAGAACCCGGCCCGCCUCUCCCCCCUCCCUCUCGCCCCCACUCCUCCCUCAUCCGACGAUCUCGUCAAGAUCAUCGACUUGGACCUCAAGCCUAUCGCCCGCUUGCAUAAGUACUUCAAGGCCGACCGCGCUUCGUUUUCCGGCUUCAUCAACCUCUUACGCUCCGCUCAUUCCCCUCCUACAACGUGUCUCGAGCUCUGCAACAACUCUGCCUCUGCGUAG